UUGCCAACAGAAAUCCUGUCCCAAAUCUUUUGCCACUGUCUUCCGCAAUUUCCGGGACUCAAUGAAUUACAGCCCCCAUCAAAGCUAACUGCACCUAUGCUGUUGACCAGAAUAUGUCGAUGGUGGAGGGAGGUUGCUAUGGGCAUGCCUACCUUGUGGUAUACACUGUCUAUGAAAGUUCACGACAGAGAUUGGCAGCAAGCAGCCUUCUUCUAUGCCUCUUGGCUCAAGCGAGCACGAGGACGUCCACUCUCGUUAAGACUC